UAAUCUAAAAAAGCAUUCCUUUUUUGUAAUUCUUUUCUCUAUAUAAAAGCCCAUCAACACCAUAAUAUUAAUAGCAAGUACCUGUAAGAACACGAAGAGCAGAAAUUGAUGUUGACAAUGUUGUCGAGACCCGCAUUUGCAAUACUGCUCAUGGUUUUCUAAGGAAACAAGAAAAGAAGAGACCCAUUAAUGGGACAUUAAGAAAAUGAUAAAGAUGGGAUUUUCAUGAAAAAGACCCCAAAAAGAGAACCCUCCGACAAAAACAACCAAAUGAGCCUCCGCCCGAUGCUGUCCGGUUUGCAAGAUCUGGAAACUGAUUCGGUUACUAACCUGAGAUCGGGUAUGAAGAUGAGGAAUGGUUUCCCCAUUAUGAUACAGAUGGAUACCAAGGUGAAGAUGAAGAUGGAUUGGCUCAAGAGCAAGAAGGUGGGAAUUCGAGUAACGUGCGACGGAAUCAGAGGAACGAUUCCCGUCAGCAAGUCUCCGGCAGUGGCUUCCGUGGUGGACUCCGACUGUAAGGUGGAUCUUCGAAUCAAGAUCUGGAAGCUUUCGUGGUGGACUCCGCCUUCCCGCCGCCGCGCAUUAUGUUCUCCAUGUCGUACCCCAAAACAUCGCUUCUACUACUCCGAUUCGCCACCAUCCCCAUCCCGUCUUCAAGAUCUUCCGAGAGGGGCAGAUGUUCCCGAUGGGGAGAACAUUCAUCGCCGGCGAAGUAAAUGCUUGAUUUAAAUUUCUUUUAAAUUUUCUUCCUUUUAAAUUUCUUUUGACAAAGUUAUCUGAUCCUUUUCAGUGUUGAUGCUUGAUUUUAUUGAAGUAGGGUUCUCUUUUAUUCUUCUGCCCAUUCGUUUCUGGUGAUCUGUUUUGCAUCUUUGUUUGUGAUUUUUGGUCCAAUUGAUUUAUAAAUUUAAUUUAUAAGAUUAAAAUCGCUACUGCAAACGCGGGUUUAGAUACAAAUUCCGAUCGGUGGCGGAAUUCGACGGAGCCACCGCCCUAGGCUGGAAUCCCAAUCUGGAAUUGACGGUGGAGGGUGAUGAAAACGAUGAAGGGUGAUGAAGGCGAUGGAGGAA